CAUGAUGAUUACAAGUGUUUUGAAAAUUGCAUGAAUGCUACUUAGCUAUCUACCUUGCCAUCGUUUAUAGCUGUUUAAUAAGAACAAAAUUCUAGAUUUGGCUUAGUAUAUCUAAGAACCAGCACCGACAGACUUUUUGCCUUCAGUCUAAUUUGGAAUGUAUCGAAGAGGGGCGAGUAAAAAGGACAACAGCAAAGCGGUGAAGGAGGAGAGUGAUAGCAGUAAAUACGCCGAGCUCCUGGUUUUCGGCUAUGCCUGCAAGCUGUUUCGGGACGAUGAGAGGGCUCUCUACCACGAGCAGGGCAAACACCUUAUCCCAUGGAUGGGGGACAAGAACAUCAUGAUUGAUAGGUAUGAUGGCCGUGGUCAUUUACAUGACCUUUCGGAGUAUGAUGCAGGCUCAUGGAACCAGAGCUACCAGCUGUCUGAGGAGGAGGCCAGGAUAGAGGCUCUGUGUGAUGAGGAGAGAUACCUGGCCCUACACACUGACCUCCUGGAGGAGGAGGCCCGGCAAGAAGAGGAGUACAAAAGGCUGAGCGAGGCUUUGGCUGAAGAAGGCUCCUACAACGCUGUGGCUUUCCGCUACAGUGCUGACUACUACGACCCCUCACAGCCCACUGAGGAAGAGGAUGGUAGCAAAGACAAUGACCCUGAGCCUCAGGAGGAAGAUGGUGAGGAGCCGUUCGUGGCACCGCCUGGCUUGAUUAUCCCCCCUGAUGUGGAACUGCCCGCGACCAUCAAGACCCAUGCCAUCAUUGAGCGCACGGCCAACUUUGUGUGCAAGCAGGGGGCCCAGUUUGAGAUAGUGCUGAAGGCAAAGCAGGCUGGAAACUCCCAGUUUGACUUCCUGCGCUUUGACCAUUAUCUCAACCCCUAUUACAAGCACAUCCUCCGAGCCAUGAAGGAGGGCAGAUACACCUCUGCCUCCGACAGCAAGCAGGACCAGGCCCCAGAAUCCAAAUCAGGAAAUUCAGAUGAUGGCAGCAAUGAUGAUGAUGAUGACGAUUAUGGGGAUGGCAGCUAUCUCCACCCCAGUCUUUUUGCAACUAAGAAGAGCUCUCGUCUAGAGGAGAUUAUGAAGCCCCUGCAGGUCAUGGACCCAGACCAUCCGUUGGCAGCCCUAGUCCGCAAAGCCCAGCAAGAGAAGCAUGGGGCCGUUGCCAUGGCAACCAAGCUGCAGGAAGAGACCGUGGCAACAGUGCAAGCCACAUCUGCAGAGGCUUACACAACUGAUCCUAAUAUGGCUGCAAUGUAUUAUGGGUAUUGUAUGCUCCCUGAUGGUACAUACUGCCUGGCUCCGCCUCCACCUGGGAUUGAUGCCGGUGCGUACUACAGCUCGCUUCCAGCUGCCAUGAUGCCAACUCAAUCUGCAUCCGGAGUCCCUCCCCCUCCGGGCACCACGCCCCCCCCCGAGCUUAUGCCUACAGCCCCGUCGGCCCCUGCCGCUGCCCCACCCCCUGUGCCUGCUCCGGUUUCUCACUCUGCCCCUGCCAGCGUAACUUCCAGUCUGCCUACCGCCAGCCCUUAUGCUCCUCAGGUUAGCGUUUGUCAGCCUCCUGCUCCUGCUGCUGCCAUCAUCCCCCCGCCUCCGGACAUCCAGCCCGUGAUUGACAAGCUGGCUGAGUAUGUGGCCAGAAAUGGAGUCAAGUUCGAGAGCAGCGUGCGUGCGAAGAAUGAUCCACGGUUCGACUUCCUUCAGUCCUGGCACCAGUACAACACUUACUAUGAAUUCAAAAAGCACUACUUCAUGCAGAAAGAAGGCGUAAACUCGACAGAGGGCUCUCUGGGCCACCGUGGUGAUGGAGGCACUGCUGCUAACUGCUCCUCUGACAAACAGCCUAAUGAGGGCAAACUCAUUAAAGCAUCCUUUGCACCCAUCUGCUUUGCGAUAAAGUCCAAAGAGAAUGACCUGCUGCCUCUGGAGAAGAAUCGGGUGCGGUUGGAUGAUGAUUCGGACGAGGACAAGGAGAAAGAGAUGGAGCAAGAAGGGGUGGAGCAGACUAUGGCAGGCGUGGAGGUGCUCCGAGAACCGCCCCCUCCCCCACAGCCUGAGGACAAGAAGCCCACACUCUCUCUGGAGGAGCUGGAGGCUAAGCAAGCAAAGCAGAAGCUGGAGGACCGACUGGCGGCGGCGGCACGGGAAAAGCUCGCUCAGGCCUCCAAAGAGUCGAAGGAGAAGCAGCUUCAGGCAGAGCGAAAGAGGAAGGCGGCCCUCUUCCUGCAGACACUGCGUGGCCCUGAGCCGGAGUUCAGACGGGCCGACGACCCCUCUGCCCCAGCCGAGCAGGAGAUGCCCACGCCAUCCUCUGGGCCCCUCCCUCUUGUCGUGACCCAGCUGCCAGGCUUGGAUUACCCACCCCCAGAUGCCCCGCUGAGGAGUGUCGAUCCCCCAGCUCCUGGCCUCCCUGUCUCCUCCUCAUUCUCCACCUCCUCCUCUGCCUCUCGCGGCCUUGCCAGAGAGAGGGACAGAGACAGGGACAGGGACCGAGACAAAAAGAAGAAGAAACACAAAAGGAGGUCUCGCUCCAGGUCCCGUUCCAAGUCCAAAACCAAGCAUGCAUUACCCAGUGCAUACCGCACUUGCAGGAGGUCAAGACAUCUGAAGACACUUCAUGCUGAAAGGUCCCAGUCGCGCUCCCCCAGCCGACGAGAGCGACACGCACGCUCUAUGGACAGACGCCAAGAGGAACGCGGGCGCUACAUGGCUCCCUCCCGUCGCCCUGGCAACAGCCCAGGCCUUGGCCGAAAGCGCUCGAGGUCCAGAUCCAGGUCACCUCAUGAAAAAAGGAAGAGGAAGACCUCAAAAUCACAGCAUCAAUCAAAGGCCUUGUCCUGUUCGCCUACUGCCUCACCAGACCGGGGUGGAGCAUACACCAAAGUCUCCACCCUCACCACUAGCUCCUCCCCCACCACUAGCCCCACCUCCAGCUUAAGCAGGUCCAGGGAUAGUUCACAGGAAAAAGACAAGCAUGUCUCUUCCACCAUCAUUUCUUCAGUUCAAACCAAAAUUACUCAGGACCUCAUGGCUAAAGUACGAGCAAUGCUGGCUGCCUCCAAGAGCCUGCAAACAAACCCCACCUAAGAGGGGAGGAGAGGCCACAGAGAGGCGGAUAGCAGACAGCCAGCAGUCCCCCACAAGCCCCCCGUGACUGUUUGGGAUCACCUGUACCUCGCGUGGCGUGACCUGCGCAUGCUUUUAUCCCCUUGUGUUUGCUAUUUUGGAUCUUGUGUUACAGAUGUGUUUUAUUUUGUGAACCAGGUGAGCGGUAUCCAUGGAGAGAGGCCCUUUAGAGCAGGGCUCGAGUGCAUGGUCCAGCCUCAACAAGUGAAUGACAUGGCAGCGAAACAAAUUUUGGGCCUUGGGUUUUUGUUUUUGUUUUCUUCAUUUUCUGCCAGAAGGUACCACAAUAACAGAAUAUGAGAAACAGGCAAUAAUUUAUGUAUUCUGCAUCCUGCAGAAACCAAUUCAAGUUUUCGUCUAAAUUGAUGACUAAGCUCCUUCUAGUACGGCUCUACAUCCUCUAGAGGCACUCUGUUACAUCCUUCUGUGAAGGAUAAUGUUUAUUCUCUCUUUUAAAUGAAGAAAGGACCCCCCCCCCUUCCUUCAGCCCCCUCUCUUCCUUUCUUACAUCUUCCAUGCUCUAGUCUCUUGUCUGCUAUUUACUUUUAAAUGAUGCGGCCUUCACGUUCUCCAUUUGUGCAGGGGUUACUUUGCAUCUGCUUUGUAAAAGACUGAACAGUCAAUAAAACAUGAGUCCAGAA